AGUGCAGAAGUACACAUGGUCUAUUAUUAUCCCGGGUCUUUCUCAGAAUCUGAGUCUCACUCACCUAUCAAAAACACUUCAACACAAAACACUCUUCUCAUGGAACUAGAUUCAUCAACAACUUCAAACGGUUACUUACUCCUUCUCAAAGGACUUUCUCUCAUUCCAAUCUCGCAUUACGCCUUCGCUUUCAUCACUCUUAUCAUAUUCCUUCUCAUUUCCAUUAUCUACAAUUCUCUCGAAAUCCAUUUCUUCCAAGACCUCUUCUCCGGAUUCUCCGGCUCUCCGGUUCAAUUCAGUUACAACUCCUCCUCCCAAAUCUACCACGCCGUCGUUUCAAACUGCCGGAUUCUUCAAGGAAACUAUUCCGUCACACCGUGGCUUUCCAGUCCUCAUCUUCAAACUAUUUUUCUCAACUUCUUCGGAAAUCCUCCAACUGUUAAAUACAAAAGACAAUUAUUUACUACUUCUGAUGGUGGAACACUUGCUUUGGAUUGGGUAACAAGUUCUGAUGUUUCUGAUGAUGAAUCUACUCCCAUUGUUGUUUUGAUUCCUGGCUUAACAAGUGAUUCUUCGUCUCCUUAUCUCAAACACCUUGCAUAUCAUACAGCAAAGCGUGGAUGGAAAGUUGUUGUCAGUAAUCACCGAGGCUUUGGAGGUGUUCCAAUCACGAGUGACUGUUUCUACAAUUCUGGAUGGACUGAGGAUACUCGCACAGUGGUUAAUUAUCUCCAUAAAGAAAAUCCCAGAGCGCCUUUGUUUAUUGUUGGAACUAGUAUUGGAGCUAAUAUUCUGGUAAAAUAUCUUGGUGAGGAUGGUGAGAAUACUCCUGUAGCUGGAGCUGUAGCUGUGUGCUCUCCUUGGGACCUUUUGAUAGGGGAUAGAUAUAUAAAUCGUGCUCCUAUGCAAAAGCUUUAUAAUAAAGCACUGGCAGGUGGACAAAGAGAUUAUGCAAAAUUACACCAGCCUCAGUUUUCCCGCCUUGCUAAUUGGGAAGGGAUAGAAAAGUCACUUUCUGUUCGAGAGUUUGAUGAACAUGCCACAUGCAUGGUUGGGAAAUAUGAGACGGUUGAUACGUACUAUAGACGCUGCAGCAGUUCUACUUAUGUGCAAUCUGUAUCGGUUCCUCUUCUCUGUAUUAGUGCUCUUGAUGAUCCUGUCUGUACCACAGAAGCCAUUCCCUGGGAUGAAUGCAAGGCAAAUAAAAAUAUUGUGUUGGCAACUGUAAAGCAUGGAGGACAUCUUGCCUUCUUUGAAGGGAUAACUGCAUCUAGCCUGUGGUGGGUGAGAGCUACUAAUGAAUUUCUUAGUGUACUACACUCUAGCCAUUAUAUGCAUGAACAAAAAAAGAUCUCUACGCCAAACACACUGUUGGAUUCGUCAAUUGAUCAGGGCCCUUAUGUCAAUGUUACCGAAGAUGGAAUGGUGGCUGCAUUGAACAGUGAGCCAACAACGGACAACCAAAAGAAAUACAUGUAAUACAGGAUAUGCAUCAUUAUCAUGAAAUGGUCCAGAAGAAUAAGUUAAAAAAACUUGAUGAGCUAGUGAAAGAUCGGGGAUUCCUCUGGCAUUGUAUAUAAACAAUAAUUAGUACACACAACGCAAUGCCUCUUGAAUUUUGACGCCCAGGCUUGCUAUCUCGACAAAAUCGAUGGUCCAUCUGAAUGCUGAUGUAUAUUGCUGUUACCGUACGUUGGCACUUGGCACUAAUUAGAUAAUACUUGUAUUCUUUCCUGUCUAAUAAAUUUCAUUUCUAUUA